UAAUCUAACUGAUAACAAUAUCGAACAGUUUAUUGCUGGUAAAGUCUGGCGACUAAAGCUUAGCAAAUACCUUGAUGCUAGUGACUUUUCAGAGUUUAAAAAAUCUCAAUCUUCGCUCAAGUCUCUCGAAAAUUUUAUCACAGAAAGUUUGAAGAUCCAUGUCGAAUAUCUGAUUGCAAUCCGUAACCAAGAAAAACCAUCUUAUAGUGAAGAUGUCUUGGCAAAAAUUAAGAAGCCUGAUCAACUCACUCUUCAUCUAAACAUUCCAUCAGCAAGUCGACGAAAUUACGUAAAUGAAUUGGAUCUUAAUCAAAUGAGCAUAGAAUCUUCGGACAACGAAUAA